CCUCAGAGCCGGAAGUGCUGUGCGGGUAAACAUCUUGCUCGCCUGCACUCUCUGGCCGCUGCGCAGCCUCAGAGCCGGGCAGAGUUGGGAGAAGCUAACGCAGUUUGACCUCGCUACCUGUCGCUGUCCGCUCACCGUCCAGAGGACACGAGACGAGCCCAAGUUUAGGCGACAUGUCACACUUGCCCGCUGCUCCGAUGUCUGCGUUGCCCAGCUCGGGUUUCAGGUUAAUCAAAGAACAUUUGGUGGUUGCGGUGCCGGUGGCGGUCCUCGCAGCAGCCGGAGGGUUCCUCGUCAGCCGUUACCUGAGCAGCAGGUGCUGCAAGGAGAGCCAGGUGAACACAUGCGUGAGCAAAGACAGCCCCAAGGUUGUCCACAGCUUCGACAUGGAGGACAUCGGCACCAAGGCUGUGUACUGCCGCUGCUGGAAGUCCAAAAAGUUUCCCUUCUGUGAUGGUGCCCACACCAAGCACAACGAGGACACCGGGGACAACGUUGGACCUCUCAUCGUCAAAAAGAAGGACGUGUAACUGACCUGCGCAGAGACCCGGUCCUGUCCGUCUGCGUCCAGCGCGCCGUCCGUCACCAGGACGAGCCCGGAACAUUCCACCCUGUCCCUCUAACCCUCUUUCAGUUACUGUCACUUCUGGGCAUGUUGGUCAAACGUAACGUGCACUUUGUUUGUUGUCUGUCUGCUGUCGUGGUGUGGAGCUGGUGGAGCUGCUGGAGCUGCUGGAGCUGGUGGGUGGAGCGGUUUCUUUUGCUUCAGUCACAUCUGUGUGUUCAUUUCAUCUCACAUUAAAGUUGUGUCUGGACACG